AUGUACCUUUUUCUGAUUCUUCAGGCGUCCGUUUGCUUUGCGCAUGGGGGCCUCGACUGCCGACCUGAGGGUCCGGCGGUACCGCGUCCGCUCAGCCUGGCCAACUCCAACACCUUCCAACUCGCCCUGUCGUCGUUCGAAGAGCAACUAGAACAGGCCCUGUCGGCUAAGACAAAUGCAGGCUGGGUUGUUGAAAACACAUCCUUCUCCCUGGCCGUUGUAUCCACUGACCAAGGUCCUCCUUCAACACCUCUAUGGGAGUUUCACCACCUAGCCAGCAACAGCGUCAAUGGGACGAAAGACCUCACUGGGAAUUCCCAGUACCUUAUUGGUUCAGUCUCCAAGGUCCUUUCGACACUUGUGCUGCUCAAGAGCGGCCUUAAUCUUGAUAGUUCCAUCACUGACUACAUCCCGGAACUCAAUGACACGUCCUCGUAUAUUCCGUGGGCUAAUGUGUCGCUUCGCGCAUUGGGCUCGCAUCUUUCGGGCGCUCCGUCUAAUUGUCUGUUUCUCAACCUCGUAUAA